AUGUCAGACAGCGAAGAGAAUGCAAAGACGAUCACUGUGACAGUAAAAACGCCCAAAGAAAAGCAAACAGUCGAAGUGCAAGAAAACGCUACCAUUAGUGAAUUUAAAGAUGUGGUGGCAAAACAGUUUAAUGCAACACCAUCACAAUUAUGUUUGAUAUUUGCUGGUAAAAUCAUGAAAGAUCAUGAUACAUUAGCAACUCAUAAUAUUAAAGAUGGGCUAACAGUACAUUUAGUUAUCAAGACAAAUGCUCCACAAAACAACACAACAACUUCUUCAUCUACAAAUACAGGAUCGGCUCAACCACCAAGACCUCCUGCUGAUAUUAAUGCUUCGCCGUUUAAUUUGGGUAUGCUGGGUGGCUUACCUGGUAUGGAAGCCUUGGGAUUCACUUCGGCUAAUUUUAUGGAAUUGCAACAGCGUAUGCAACGUGAAUUAAUUGACAAUCCUGAUAUGCUAAGGAAUUUGGUUGACAGUCCGAUGGUUCAACAAAUGAUGAGUGAUCCUGCACAUAUGAGGCAGUUGAUUUUAGCCAAUCCACAAAUGCAACAAUUAGUUGAGAGACAUCCUGAAAUUAAUCACAUGUUAAACAAUCCUGAAAUGUUACGGCAAACAAUGGAGAUGGCUCGGAAUCCAUCAAUGUUGCAAGAACUGAUGCGUACGCAAGAUAGAGCUUUAUCAAAUUUGGAAUCAAUACCUGGUGGUUUUAGUGCUUUACAAAGAAUGUAUAGAGACGUUCAAGAACCAUUUAUGAAUGCAGCUACUGAAGAAUUUAGCCGAAAUACAUUUGCGACUCCAAGUGAAAGUGGUGGCGAACAAAAUCCUCAACAAGGACAAGAAAAUCGUGAUCCUUUGCCAAAUCCUUGGGGUGGCUCUACUGGAACAAACCAAUCUGAUCCUUCUAAUGGAAGAGCAGCACCAACAUCAGGUAAUCUACCAACUGGGGGAACUGGAGGUACCAUGUUUAAUGGUGAUACAAUGAACUCUAUGAUGCAACAAAUGAUUGAAAAUCCACAAGUUAUGCAAAGCAUUAUGAAUACUCCAUAUUUCCAAUCAACUCUGCAGGCAAUGACUAGUAACCCUAAUAUGGCUAACAACUUGUUAAGUAACAAUCCAUUGCUUGCUAAUAAUCCAGAACUUCAGUCUCAAUUCCGUAGUAUGAUGCCAGCUUUCCUACAACAGAUGUCAAACCCUGCAGUUCAAGACAUGUCCACUAAUCCAAAUGUGUUAUCUGCUCUUGAUCAAAUACAAAGAGGCCUUGAAGCACUACGUACUAACAUGCCAAAUAUUGGUGGAUCAUUGGGUGGCCAGUCUUUUUUUCCAACACCAAAUGCCAAUCCAACUACUAAUGCUGAUUCAACUGUAACUAGUGAUAUGCCAUCAACUGAAGGUCAAGAUAAUAAUUUUGCUGAACUCAUGAGAAGAAUGCUAUCACAAGUGCCAAAUAACAGUAAUCCAGUGGCAAAUACUCAGCCGCCAGAAGAAAGAUACAGUUCUCAAUUGGAACAAUUGUCUGCAAUGGGAUUUGUCAAUCGAGAUGCUAAUUUACAAGCAUUAAUUGCAACAUUUGGAGAUAUAAAUGCCGCUGUUGAACGGCUACUUACUAGUGGGCAAUUGUCUACUUAA